AGAAAAAAGACACUUUGCUUGUUCUCGAUUCGCCGUUCAGACCCGCCGUCGCGAAACUCGUCCUCUGAGGAUUUUAUUUCUUUUUUUUCCUCCUCCGUAUUCUUUUCCCCGAUGGUUUCGCCAACAUGUCCGCCUCGAAAAGAACAUUUUAGAUUCAAUAAAAAGAUCAAAUAUACAAUUUUUUAAAAUUUAGUGGAAUCUGGAUUGAAAUCUGAAAAAGAGUCAAAGACAAAAGUUCAACAGAAAAAUAAAAAAUAACUCCUGCUCCACUUUUUACUCAACUACUUUCCCCAAAUUUUCCGUGUCUCAGUCCUCGUGUCUUUUCCGUGUCUCAGUCCUCGUCCCUGACUUCACGUGAAGACUCCGUCCUUCACACUUUUUUGACGCCUUUUCUUUUUUCGGACACUUUCCGUUUUAAUUGUAACAUUUUUCCGCGUUCCUGGUUCUGCCUCCGUGGAAGUCUGAACCCCGCGGCUCCAGAGACCAUGUUCGGGAUCCAGGACACCCUGCCCCGCGGGGCCACAGUGGCAGCCAACAUGAAGGAGGAACCGCUGGCCGUUCGCUCCUGGAUGCACUCGGCCGGUGUGGUGGACGCCAACACGGCCGCUCAGAGCGGGGUGGGGUUAGCGCGGGCUCACUUUGAGAAGCAGCCUCCGUCAAACCUGAGGAAAUCCAACUUCUUCCACUUUGUGCUGGCUCUGUACGACCGACAGGGUCAACCAGUGGAGAUCGAACGCACCGCAUACGUCGACUUUGUGGAGAAGGAGAAAGAGCCGACAGGAGAGAAAACAAACAACGGAAUUCACUACAAACUCCAGCUGCUCUACAGUAACGGAGUGAGGACAGAACAGGACCUUUACGUCAGACUCAUUGACUCCAUGACCAAACAGGCGAUCAUCUAUGAAGGUCAGGACAAGAACCCAGAGAUGUGCCGGGUUCUGCUCACGCACGAGAUCAUGUGCAGUCGCUGCUGUGAUAAGAAGAGCUGCGGAAACAGGAAUGAGACGCCGUCGGACCCCGUUAUCAUUGACAGGUUUUUCCUGAAGUUCUUCCUCAAGUGUAACCAGAACUGUCUGAAAAAUGCAGGAAACCCACGAGACAUGAGGAGGUUCCAGGUGGUAGUGUCCACGACAGUCAACGUGGACGGUCACGUUCUGGCGGUCUCUGACAACAUGUUCGUACACAACAACUCCAAACAUGGCCGCAGGGCGCGGAGGCUGGACCCGUCUGAAGGUAUGAACACACACACACACAGGGAAGAAAACACUCUUCAUGUGUCCACGCCCUGUAUCAAAGCCAUCAGUCCCAGCGAGGGCUGGACCACAGGGGGCGCCACCGUCAUCCUGAUCGGAGACAACUUCUUCGACGGCUUGCAGGUCGUUUUUGGCACUAUGUUGGUGUGGAGCGAGCUGAUCACACCUCACGCAAUCCGGGUCCAGACUCCGCCCCGACAUAUUCCCGGAGUCGUCGAGGUCACGCUGUCCUACAAGUCCAAGCAGUUCUGUAAAGGUGCGCCGGGACGGUUCGUCUACACAGCCCUGAACGAGCCCACUAUAGACUACGGCUUUCAGAGGUUACAGAAGGUCAUUCCUCGCCAUCCUGGAGACCCUGAGAGACUGCCAAAGGAAGUGUUGUUGAAGCGGGCCGCUGACCUGGUGGAGGCGCUGUACGGAAUGCCCCACAACAACCAGGAAAUGAUCCUUAAGCGAGCGGCGGACAUCGCUGAGGCGCUCUAUAGCGUCCCCAGGAACCACAACCAAAUCACAUCCCUGGGCAACACCGGCCCCCAUGGCAUGAUGGGAGUCAACUCCUUCGGUGGUCAGCUGGCCGUCAACGUCUCUGAGACAACACAAGUUGGCUACAGUCGCAACACCAGCAGUGUGUCACCACGGGGAUAUGCACCAAGCUCCACCCCACAGCAAAGUAACUACGGCAACACCGUCAGCAACAGCAUGAACGGCUAUGGCAACACUGGGAUGCCAAACCUGGCAACCUCGCCGGGUUUCCUCAACGGGUCCACGGGUAACUCCCCCUACGGCAUCGUUCCUUCCAGUCCCAUGUCCAGCCCGGUGUCCAACUGUAACUCGUCUCACGGCGUCUUCUCCUUCUCUGCUGCUGUCAAACAAAAGAGCGCCUUCGCCCCCGUGGUCAGACCUUCAGCUUCUCCGCCCCCUCCUCCAAACUGCUCUGCUAACAACGCUAACACGCUGCAAGCCAUGACUGGACUGGUGGUUCCGCCCAUGUAGGUCUGCCUCCUCCUUGUUCUC